AUGGCCUCCUCGGAUCAGAAGCUGCUCUGCCUCAACAUCCUGGGUUACAAGAAGCCCGGCAUCAGCUCUGAGGAGUACCGCAACUACAUGGUCAACGUGCACGCGCCGCUCGUCGCCGGUCUGAUGAAGAAAUAUGGUUUCUUGCAAUGGAGCAUGUUUGCCAACGUGGCCCCCUACGACUGCUGCGUGCAGAUCGUCUUCCCGAGCAUCGAGUGCUUCGUGCGCAUGAAGGCCGACCCCUACUUCAAGCAGACGAUCGGCCCGGACCACGAGAAGUUUGCCGACACACGCCGGUCCCAGAUGAUGAUCGGCUGGUUCACCCCGCUCAUGAAGGACGGCCAGCUCGUUGGGCCCACCGCCGGCGCAGACAUCGUCGUCGCUAAUGGGGGAGAGGAGGCCAAGGGAUAG